UUUUGAACCCCUAACUUAGCCACCUGCACCCCCUCCCUUCCUCCGUCCUCCACUCCUUCCUUAUGUAUCCAUCAUCCCAUCUCUCAGUAGCAGAGUCGUCCGCACCCGCCGCUCUAAGAAAAGAGACGUGAAAAGUCCGAAAAUAAAAGGCCAGCCGCUACCACCUCUCCUCCCCCCCUACCCCCAAAAAAAAGAAGAAGAUUGCUUUUAGGAAGAGCGGUACCGAACAAAGUGCCAAGACGUACUUGCUCUUGACUCUACUGUCUUUCUAUUCUAUUCUAUUCUGUUUCUGUCCUUGGAUGAUAUUUCUCUCUUGCGUGGAUGAUGAAUUUCUCGGAUGCGCUAGACAUGGGGUCACCGACUUGGCGAUAUUGCAUGCAUGCUGUUCUAGAGUAGUUAGUUACUUGCAUACUGCUGCAUGUAAAUGUGGAAUCAAGCUGGGAAGUGGGCAAAUGGGUGGUGGUGGUCUCGUGCUGCUAGGCGCGGUCCCGAGCUUUUUUUGGGGGGGAGCAUGGAUGAGGGGAUGCAACGUGCCAUGUACGUAUGUGUGUGCGUGGCUGGGCGCGCGGAAGAUAGGAGCCGAGGAUGGGGGGGAGGGGGAGGCGGGAUGCAACGAUGGGGUAUGGUAUGUUUGGAGCUAUGCUACUAUGGAUGGGCGGAUAUUUGCGGAUGAGGUGAGUGCAGUGCGGUGCAACAUUCUUACUUACAGUGUUGGUUGUGGAAGUGGGCUGGUUAGUAGGAUUUCCUGGGUUGGGGGACAGGGGCGGAAAACCAAAAUAGUUGUAAUAUGCGUCAGGUAUUUUGGUGUCUCUCAUGUUGAACCCCCUCCCCCCAUGGUUACUAGGGUUCGCCCGACUAUAAUAGGUUGAUUUCAAAAAUAGGCAAACCAAAAAGGG